AUGUUGAUGCUGGUGAAAGAGGAGCUUGAGAAGAUGACAGAUCCACAACCAUGCAGAAUAAAGGAUGAAGAUACCGAGGAACAAAAAGAUAUGAUGAAAGUGAACGAGGAGAGUCAAGCUGAACCGGAUGAGAAACAUCAGAAUGCAAAAACAAAUCUGAAAGGAACUCUGAGAACAGGAGACAAAAGGUGUGAAAAGAGUUUUGGAAAAGUUGGACGCCCUGUGGAUCACAAGAGGACUCACAGUGAGGAGAAACCUUUCACGUGUCAACAGUGUGGAAAGAGUUUCAGGCGUAAAGAUAUCCUUAAGACACACAUGAUAACUCACACCGGAGAGAAACCUUUCACUUGCCAUCAGUGUGGAAAGAGUUUUACAACUGCAUGUAACCUUAAUAAACACAUGAGAAUUCACACCGGAGAGAAACCAUUCACGUGUCAUCUGUGUGGGACGUGCUUUUCCCAAAAAUCAAAUUUAACAGCCCACAUGAGAGUUCACACUGGAGAGAAACCUUACACGUGUAAUCAAUGUGGAAAGAGUUUUAGAAAUCAAAGUAAUCUUAAGUUACACAUAAGUGUUCACACUGGAGAGAAACCAUUCAUGUGUCUUCUGUGUAAAAAUAGUUUCAAGCGUAAAGAUAUUCUUAAGACACACAUGACACUUCACACCGGAGAGAAACCUUACACUUGUAAUCAGUGUGGAAAGAGUUAUACAACUCAAGGUAACCUUAAUUUACACAUGAGAAUUCACACCGGAGAGAAACCAUUCAUGUGUCUUCUGUGUGGGACGUGUUUCUACCACAAAACAAAUUUAACAGUCCACAUGAGAGUUCACACGGGAGAGAAACCUUACACGUGUAAUCAAUGUGGAAAGAGUUUUAGAAAUAAAAGUAAUCUUAAGUUUCACAUAAGUGUUCACACAGGAGAGAAACCUUACAUGUGUCAUCAUUGUGAAAGCUGUUUCUCAGAUGCAAGCCAACUUAAGAUACACAUGAGAAUCCACACCGGAGAGAAACCUUACGAGUGCCUACAGUGUGGAAAGAGUUUCAGAAUUAAAGGGUACCUUAAUGAACACACAAAAGUUCACACUGGAGAAAAACCAUUCACAUGCCAUCUGUGUGGGAACAGUUUUAGAAAUAAAUAUAAACUAAAGGAACACAUGAGAGUUCACAAUGGAGAAAAGCCACACGCGUGCAAUCAAUGUGAAAAGAGUUUCUCAGGUGCAAGCAAUCUUAAAAAACACAUGAGAGUUCACACUGGAGAGAAACCACACGCGUGCAAUCAAUGUGAAAAGAGUUUCUCAGGAGCAAGCAAUCUUAAAAAACACAUGAGAAUCCACACUGGAGAGAAACCGUCCUUACACUUGUCAUUAGUGUAA